AUGGUUGACUGUGACAUUGAAGAACCUUUAACCUCGGGCAGUAAACCUUUGACCAGUUCUACUCUAACGAUCAGAGUCGUCAAGUCUUUUCCGUACAGAAACGUAAAGAACAUGGUUUUGCAAAACUAUGAUUUACAGAGCAAAACCGCCAGAGAUCUGUUGGACGACUGUCUGGAACGAAUUAACAAGGAGGGAGCUUUUAGGCCAUUUCGCAAUGUUAACUAUAACCGCUUGAAGAUAUAUACACAUGCCCACGGAUCGAAAACGGUCAAUUUGGUGAUAAACUUUGAUCAUGACGAGGACUGGGUGCUGGAUUUACAAAAUAACGACAAGAAACUUUGCCAGUAUGGUAUAGAAAAUGAAACUGAAAUCACACUUUUCAACCUGGAAGAUUACCUUAAAUUCAAAGCGAAUCCGGAAGAAAAAUGGUUGUAA